AUGACUCCCAGCAUUCUCAACACCUCGAGCCCCUCAUACAGCUCCCCAAUGACGGUGGCUCAAAGAAAAGAGGCGAACGAACUGAGAAAGACUCUCAAACCACUGAUGGAGAAAAGAAGGCGCGCGCGCAUCAACGACAGCCUCAACAAGCUGAAGGCGCUCAUCGUUCCUCUGGUGGGCAAAGAUACCUCACGCUACUCGAAGCUCGAGAAAGCUGAUGUUCUUGAAAUGACCGUCAGGUUCCUCAGAGAACUUCCCUCCUCGCCAGUAAAAGACCAGGCAGACAGCUACAGAGAAGGUUAUAAAGCGUGUCUGCAGCGAGUCUCGGCGCUGCUCCCUCACACCGGCCUGGACCGAGAAGCAGGUCUGCGGGUGAAUGAGUUCAUGCAGCGGGCGAUGCUCUCCGCCAGUCCGGCGUGCCAGCACUGCUGCGGCCACAGUGCCUCGGCAGCCCCGCAGCCCCAGCAGCGCCUCCGCGGCCUCCAAGCUGUUAACACCCCACGCGUCCAGAGCACCUCCAGCCUCGCAACGCCAGCUCCCAGCCGCUCUCAGCCCGCAGCACAGGCCCUCAAUAACAACAUGUGGAGACCUUGGUAG